AUGGAGCAAAUAGAAAAACGUAUAUUACUUCAGAAAGAUACUUAUGAAAAGAUAAAAAAGGCUUAUAGCAACUACAAAAAGUCGCCUAAGGAAAGGAUAACUAUUGGAUAUGUACAAGGAAGAAUGGAUACUUUAGAUACAUAUUGGAAGGAGUUUAAGACAGUUCACGAGGAGAUACUCUUAUCGAUUUCAAUAGAAGAUAGACAAUUACUUCCGUACUUCGCCGAUGAUAUGUUCGACCAGUUUGAGGAGUUAGUUUAUACAUAUAAAGCAGAGUUAAAGACGGCGUUAUUGAAGCUAAUUUCUGAAAUCGCACCUGUAAACACGUCCAACCAAAUCACUGUGAGUAACACAAGUACAUCCAAUAGUGAAGUCCGUUUGCCUAGAAUUUCCAUACCGACUUUUAAUGGGAAUUAUACAGAGUGGCAAUCAUUUCACGAUCUUUUUGUGGCAUUAAUUCAUAACAACUCGUCAUUAGAAAACGUACAGAAACUACACUACCUAAAAAGUAGUCUGACGGGCGAUGCUGAAGUAUUAUUACGGCAGUUCUCAAUCACCGGAGAGAAUUAUACUGAGGCGUGGGCUAUUCUGAAAAAGAGAUAUAAUAACAAGAGAUAUAUCGCGAAUACCGUUUUUAAGAAGUUUUUUGGACAACGAGCGUUAUCUCAAGAAUCGGCUUCUGCGAUUAAGCAGCUGUUAGAUACUACUGUUGAAUGUAUGAACGCGCUGAAGAAUUUGGGUUUGCCUACCGAUCAGUGGGGUGCAAUCGUCACGUUUGCCGUCAUAUCUAAGUUAGAUGUCAACAGUCAUAAACAGUGGGAAGAGACAAUUAGUGAAGAUAGUUCUGAUGAUCUGCCUGGAUUUGAAAGAUUGAAGCAAUUCUUGGAAACGCGGUUUCGCACACUAGAGAUGGUAGAACCUGCAAGUAGAAGUUACAAACAACCACCGAGUAUUAAACCGAAGUCAUUUCAUACAACGGCAAGCAACGAUGAUCUGCAAUGCACCUUCUGCAAAGAGAAGCACCACAUACAUAAUUGUAAGCAGUUUAGUAAGCUACCCAUUGAAGAGAGAUAUAGCCACGUUCAAGGCAACAACUUGUGCUAUAAUUGUCUUACACCGAAUCACACCGUGUUUAAAUGCAAACAACACACAACAUGUCAAAUCUGUAAAAGAAAACACCACUCCUUAUUACAUAGAGAAAAGAAGCAAGUAAGUGAAGAUAAACAGGUUACAACUGCAACGAAAGAGGAUCCGCCUGCACACACAAACGAAGAAAAGUUUGUCACCAAGGUUACAGCGCAUGUGGCAAGCGGGGAACAGCCUGGUGAGAAUGUAUGGUUAGCCACAGCACUGGUAGAUGUUACAUCGAGUUCAGGUCAGUCACACGUCUUCCGUGCUCUCAUUGAUCCAGGUUCAGAGGUGUCACUGGUAACAUCAAGAGUCGUCGAUUUAUUAGGUUUAAAGAAAAACGAGAUCAGCGGCGUCAUGUUUGGUGUUGGUGAAGGUAAUCGCACAUCUCUUAAGCACUUAGUAGAUUUACAGAUUACGUCUAGAUAUGAUACAAAUUUCUCAUUUAAUGUAAACAACGCAUAUGUAUUGAGGUCUAUAACGCGUUUCUUACCUGAAAGGGAAAUUAGAGGCUAUAAUUGGCCACAGCUUAAGGAUUUACAUCUGGCUGACCCCACCUUCAACGUACCAGGUAGGAUAGAUAUUUUACUUAGUACGAAAAUCUAUGCAAAGAUAAUAGAUAGUGGUUUGAUUAGGGGGCCAGGUGACGUAAUCGCGCAGCACACCCGUCUCGGGUGGAUCUUGUCAGGUGAUAUUGAGGUCAAUUCAAACAGGUCUCAUUAUGUCAGGAGCUUUCACAUCACAAGACAGAUCAAGGAAGAAGACAAUCUACUAAGAAAAUUCUGGGAAUUGGAAAUACAACUUUACACAACCAAGAAAGCUUGGUCUAAGGAGGAAGACAGUUGUGAAGAAAUCUCCAAAAAUACAACAGUAAGAGAUGAAACAGGUAAGUAUGAAGACUAUGAAGUACAUCUGCCUCGGAAACAAACAAAACAAGAAACAAUAAAGGUUUGCGGUGAAACAAAGCAACAAGCAACUAACAAGUUCCAACUACUAGAAAGGAAGUUCCAGAGAAAUGGAAAACUAAAGGAAGAAUUCACGAAAGUCACCAAUGAAUGUUUGAAUUUAGGUCAUAUGAAGAAGGAAGAGAAGGAAGAUGAAAGGGAAGGGAUUUACCUAGCCCAACACCCUAUCAUUCGUGAGGACAAGGACGCCACAAGGGUACGGGCUGUAUACGGUGCGUCGUUGAACGGAUACAACGGUCGAUCCUUAACUGACAGCAUGCUCGUGGGGCCUACCUUGCAACCUGACUUACGCAGCCUCAUCAUUCGCUGGAGAUGUCACAAAAUCUGUGUGGUAGGCGAUAUAGUCAAGAUGUAUCGUCAAGUAAGAAUGACAAACAACCAUACCGAUUUACAGCGAAUAGUGUGGCAAGACGAAGCUUAUGGCAACUUGGAAAGUAAUCAGCUGUUAACAGUCACUUCUGGAACCGCCGCGGCACUUUGGUUAGCAGUACGAUCGCUACUUCAAUUCGCUGAUAAUGAAUCUGAAAGGCAUCCACGAAGCGCGGCAGUUGGUAAAGACUUCGUCUACAUGGAAGACUUGUUGACUGGCCAUGAAGACUUAUCUGAAAAGAAGGUAAUAUGCAAUGAAGUUAACAAGUUAUUAAAGAAAGGUGGCUUUCACAUACAGAAAUGUUUAAGCAACUCUGAAGAGUUGUUAAAGUACUUACAAGAGGUUAGUAACAGUAAAGAAACAGUGAACAGUCUGGAAAUAAAGCAAGAUAAGGUAAUAAAAAUACUUGGACUUACCUGGGACAGGAACGAAGACACCUUUAAAAUAACGGUGAACUUACCGGAACUCAGGAAUCCUGUAACAAAAAGGUUAGUUUUAUCAGAUGUGGCCAGUCUCUUCGAUCCCUUAGGAUGGCUAGCUCCAGUCGUCAUAACAGCGAAAGUCAUGGUACAGAAAUUAUGGCUUUGCAACCAUGGGUGGGAUGAAGAACUGCCCGCUGAAUUUGUUAAUGAAUGGGUUACUUACCGGGAUGAGCUGAACGAACUGCAAAUGAUCGGAGUCCCACGGUGGUUGAAAAUCACAACAGGCUGCAAGGAUUUACAACUGCAUGGGUUCCCUGACGCAUCAUUCGUUGUCGACGCCGCAGUAGUUUAUGCGAGAGUCGUGAGUAGUCCGAAAUUAGAACUUUACGCCGCAGCCUUGUUUGCAGAGCUAUUGCAUGAGCUCUCAAACUUACUGAAGACGAGAGAAGAAGAAGGGAAAACCAAGACAAGUCGAGGAGAUUAUUUGACAGCAGCUGAAAUGGAAAAAAUAAAAAUGAGAUGUAUAAGAUACUACCAAUAUAUUUUGGUAUAUGAAGAUAAAAUUAAGCAUCUGAAAAGGAAAGGUGAAAUUCAGGCAAAAAGUUCUUUAAUCACACUGACCCCAUACUUAGAUGAAUCUGGUCUGUUGAGGGUAGUAGUUGGCGGCCUUAACAGCUCUUCCAUAAAAGAACAAGCAAAGCAACAUAUCAAAAAACUAAUGAUAAAAGAGGCUUCCGUAAGAACUUUGCACAUAGAAAUUCUGAUUAUAAUGAAUGAUAUACAUUCGAAGCAUAUGUUGGAUUAUCUGUUUAAAGGCAACUAUCAGACAAGUUACACUCGGCUGCAGAUCAUGUAUUCUGGAAGAGGCUACAGUUUCCGCUUACCACUACUUUACAUAUAA